CAAUUUACUUUUGAAAGAAGAAUAAAAUUUACGCAUCUUCCUUUGAUUUUUUUACACUAAAACACCCUAUGUUUGUUCAUAUGGUUGGGGAGAAGAGGCGGGGUGCACACCGAAGCCGCUUCCAGUUGUGAUGCCACUUUUGUGAAGAAACGAGGGCGGUGGUUGUGGAGGCUCGGUUGGGAGGGCGAAGGGGAGUUUGCUGUAGGGAGGAAAGGAAGGGGUGGCCCGGGUGGGGGACCAACACAUAAUCUUUUACAUAAAUUUGUGUCCUAAUCAAAAAAUUGCACUACAGACGAAGAAAACCGAGACAUCACAAGACUACUUGAGGUUCAACAGAAGAUAAUUCAAACAGCAGAAUUACAGAUUACAACCAGAACAAAAUUAUGGAGGAAGAGUUGCAAUCAAAGCCAGUUCAAGAGAUAGCUCAAAGUUGUAUUGGUGAAAUCCCAGAAAGAUUUAGCUACAAAGAUGGAUUCCCACAAUCCAAAAUUGACUCUGUUCCAUAUAUGGAUGAUUCUGUCAUCGAUUUCGCUCUCCUCUCUUCUUCUUUGUCUCCGGAAGCAGAUAAUGAGAUGUGUAAGCUGCAAUCAGCUCUCAGUCAAUGGGGCUGUUUCCAGGCCAUAAAUCAUGGCAUGGAGAGUGAAUUUCUUGACAAAAUCCGUGAAGUUGGAAAGCAAUUUUUUGGGCUUCCUCUUGAAGAGAAACAAAAGUACUCGAGAGAUGUCAAUGAGUGGGAUGGAUAUGGAAAUGAUACAGUUGUUUCAGAGCAUCAGACUCUCGAUUGGAUGGAUCGUCUUUACCUUACGGUUUAUCCUGAAGAUCAACGCAAGCUAAAGUACUGGCCUGACAAGCCGCAUGCAUUUAGGACGAUUAUUGAUGAAUAUACCUUGAAGCUUAAAGCGAUGUUUGACCUUGUUAUGAAGGUUAUGGGUAGAUCCUUGAAUUUGGAUGAAAAUUGCUUUCUGAAAGAGCAUGGAGAAGUGAAAAUGUCUGCAAGAUUGAAUUUCUAUCCACCAUGUCCGACCCCUCAAAGUGUUCUUGGUCUCAAACCGCAUGCUGAUGCUACAGCUGUUACAAUGCUUCUACAAGACAAAGAGGUGGAAGGCCUUCAAGUGUUGAAAGAUGAUCAGUGGUUCAAAGCUCCCAUCAUUCCUAAUCCUGAUGCUUUGUUUAUCAAUCUUGGUGAUAUAUUAGAGAUAAUGAGUAAUGGCGUACUGAAAAGUCCAGUGCAUAGGGUGGUCACAAACUCGGAAAGAGAGAAACUUUCAGUGGUAAUGUUCUGUUACUCGGACUUUGAUAGGGAGGUUGGACCGGUAGCUGGCCUAAUUACAGAAGACAGACCUCAGAUGUAUAAGAGAGUGCACCAUUAUGAUAACAUCUUCUUUGAGAACUACCAGCUAGGGAAGAGACCCUUGCAUGCUGUUAGAAUGUAAUAUCCUAGUUAUAUGGUUUACGUACGAGCACGAGUUUUGGAAAAUAUUUAAAUAAAUUGAAAUUAGUAGAUCUCAAUAUACCUUGGCUAGGGUAUUAGGGUUAAGGGCUGACAAUCUAAAUUGCUUAAUAUAGUCGGAGGUGUACAUUGAUUAAAUCAGUUUUAAGUACUUAUCCACUAUAUUCCAUGCAAACUUCCUUACU